GUAUUAAUAACAGUUUGAUGUACAAUGGAACGAUUCAUGGAGGAUGCUCUUCAGCAAGCACACAUUGCGAACGAUCUCAAGGAGGUACCAGUCGGAUGUGUGUUCGUGUUCAGGAGAAACGAUAAUGAGCCAGGAGAAAUCAUUGCACGGGGAUGCAAUCUAGUGAACGAAACGAAGAACGCCACGCGACACGUGGAGUUUAUCUGCAUCGAUCAGGCACUAGCAUAUGCUCAUCAGAAUGGCAUUACGCCAACGAGAACGAUCUUUGCCUCGAUCAGCGUCAUCGUAACCGUCGAACCGUGCAUCAUGUGUGCAGCGGCUCUCAUAGAGUUGGGUGUACGGGAAAUCAUCUACGGGUGCCGGAACGAUCGCUUCGGAGGAUGCACCGUGCUCGAUGUUGCCAGUUUGCUGAACUCUCCGAUUCCCAUCCGUGGUGGUGUUCGAGGAACGGAGGCAAUGGAGCUGUUGAAGGAGUUUUACAAAGGUGAAAAUCCAUCCGCACCGAAACCUAAGCCGCGAUCAAAGCAUAGCGACACUAGCCCUUGUAAGUGA